UCUCAUUAUUUUCCUUUUCUCAACCCCCCUCAAAACCAUUCUGGUAUUUGGGUCCUGUUGCUUAACCAUCACUCCACACCUCAGCUCACACUAGCAUGCAUCCCUUCGCCCUUCUCUCCCUCCCUCCUUCCCUACUCAAGAAACCCAUGUCUUUCUUCCUCACUCCAAUGCAUUUCUAAGGUGGUGCAGCCUCUCUAAAACAUGGACUUUGGGGUGGUGGGCUUGGAUGGUUUUGUGGGUGUUGAAGGUGGGUUUUCUCCUUUGGUUUCAGAGGCUGAAACCAGGCAGAAAGGGUGUGGUGGGUCUGGUUUUCUCAAGCAAGGGAGGUCUGGGCUUGUGGAGGAUGAUUGGAGGAGCUUGAAAAUGGCAAGAACAGAUGAUUUUGGAGUCUAUAAGACAAUGCAGAUGCAAAACAAGACUCCUCUUCUUAGAUCUAAUUCUCUGUUCUCAGAUGGGCAGCAGCAGCAGCUGCUUAGCUUCUCAUCACCAAAGCAAGGUGUAUUGGUCUGUACAAAUGAUGGGUACACAUAUCCAUCACCUACUUAUGCUAGGAGUGCAGGUGUGAGUUCUGGAAGCUUGAAUGUGGGCAUGCAUGGUGGGGUUUUGGCAGGGUCUAGAGGGCCAUUCACCCCAUCUCAAUGGAUGGAGCUUGAACAUCAGGCCUUGAUCUACAAAUACCUCACUGCAAAUGUUCCAAUACCAGCUAAUUUGCUCAUUCCAAUCAGGAAAAGCCUCAAUCCAUCUGGGUUUUCUGGGUUUUCGGCUGCAUCUUUGAGACCCAAUACAUUGGGAUGGGGAUCUUUCCAUCUGGGUUUCUCCGGGAACUCCGAUCCGGAGCCGGGGAGGUGCCGUCGGACUGAUGGCAAGAAAUGGCGGUGCUCGAGAGAUGCGGUUGCUGAUCAGAAGUACUGCGAGCGGCACAUGAACAGGGGCCGCCACCGUUCAAGAAAGCCUGUGGAAGGCCAGACUGGCCAUGCUGCUUCUGGGACCCCCGCAGCUACCACGAAGGUGAUGCCAACCGCUCCUUCGUCAGCUUCUUCGGGAGGUCCCGGCGGGAGUGGCCCGUCCAACAAUGUUGCUAUUGCACAGCAACAGAUCAAGAGCUUGCAUGCUAGUGCUGAUCAUUCUGGUACACAAAUGAGGAUGUUGAUGAACAAACCGAAUGUGAAUGACCAAAUGCAAGAUUCUCAGUCCCUUUCAAUGCUAUCUUCUGUGAACCUCAAACCGAGAGACACCCAAUUCCCCAUCCUAAAACAGCAUCUCCCAUUUGAAGAAUCCUCCCGAAUGGACUUUGGUCUCAUUUCCUCUGACUCCCUCCUGAAUCCUCAAAGAAGCCCUUAUAUAGAGAGCCGGAACUUCAUCGACGAUUGGCCCAAGAGCCAAUCUGACCGUUCGGCCAUCACUUGGCCUGAUGUAGAGGAGAUCCAAUCGGACGGCACCCAGCUCUCGAUCUCCAUCCCAGUCGCUUCCUCGGAGUUCUCCUCAUCCACUUCCUCGCCCACCCAAGAAAAACUCACCCUCUCACCCUUGAAACUAUCCCGUGAAUUUGACCCGAUCCAGAUGGGCUUAGGGGUAGGUGGGGUCCUCACUGAAGCAGCUCAAAGGCAGGCCAGUUGGAUACCGAUCUCUUGGGAGACCUCCAUGGGUGGGCCACUAGGAGAGGUCUUGAACAACACCAAUAACACUCCAAGAGAUCAUAAGAACUCUUCGGCGGGCCUCAAUCUCAUGAUGGGGGGAUGGGACGCCAGCCCACCGCUUGGAUCAUCCCCGACGGGCGUCCUACAAAAGACCACAUUUGUGUCUCUCUCUAACAGCAGCGCUGGGAGCAGCCCAAGAGCUGAACACAACCGGGCCCAUGACCACACCAGCCUUCGUGACGAUCUGCUUGGCUCAACUCUUGUAAGUUCCUCCAUCCCUUCCAUGUAAGCUUUUAGAGUUUUGAAAAAAAAAAAAAAAAAACCAGAACUGCUUGGGUGAUGAGAGAAGUGGUCUAUCUAUCAAACAUGAGAAAACAGUUAGUUUGGGAACUCCUUUUAUUUCAUUAAUUUCAUUUCUUUUGGUUUUGUUUUUUUCUUUUUCUUUUCAUGUAUGGUUUGUUUGUUAAGCAUCCACCAACUUUGUGUGGUUGAUCUUGGGUCGAGCCUGAUAGUCCGGCACUUGCCAUUUUGGCUUUAUGAUCUGCGGCUUAUCUAUGAUUAUGAAGUCAGUUCUAUAUGUUUACUCA